AUGGGGAACGUAUGCUCAAAGUCGGCUAACAAGCCCGACGACGCUUUCUCGCAGCCAGGUCGUGUGCUCGGAUCUUCGGCCGCUUCAGGAACACCUAACCAACCUGCCCGCGCAUCAGUUCCCGGUAACGUUGUUUCAAAGGGUCCUGGUAGGACGCUUGGUGGUGCUUCUGCAUCACAGGAUACUGCUGAUGCCAGGAGUAAAGCUGCCGAGGCUGCCCAGAAACGCGCAGAGGCGUUGAACGCUUCCAGUAAAGGGAAGCUAGGAAGCCAAUUGGCUGCCCAAAAGGCUCGAACGCAAUCACAGACUCUCAAUGCGGCCAGCCAGGCGGAAGUUGCUUCUAGAAACGCGGAUAGCGCCGCGGAAACGAGGCAAUGGAACUGA